AUGACAAUCCAACGCCUUGUAAUCCUUCUGUUUCCAACCAAAAACAAACUUUUCUUCGAGAAGCGAUUGAUUAUUUACUGUUCCAUCAUAAUGUUAGUAUCAUUCAUCAUUUUGCUCAUUCCAUAUCUUUCUGAUUGUGCAGUCAGUUUCCAUGCUUAUCCUAUAGAUUUUGCAUCCAGCUGUGGAUUGGGACGUCAUCCGGUUAGUUUAAUCAGAAUUGAAGCAUAA